CGCCCGAGGACGGGCCUUCAUCGCCGGAGGGCCGGACCAGGAGGAGGCCGUGGCCUCCCGGAGGGCCCUGUCGACACCUCGGCGAGAAGGCGCCAGACAAUGGAACUUGUCGACACGGAACGGUCACCUCACACGUUCAGCAUCGCGGCCCUUAUGGCAAGCCAGCCUGGAGAGGCUUACCUGCACGGAGCCGUGGCCAGGGCAGCACCGGCGCCAUACCAGGGGGACGUGGCUGCUGCGUCCAGGGACUGCUGUCUCGCCGACUGGGGUGCUGGGCCCAGCUACGCGGCCGCCGUGGCUCCUUCAGCGAGUACGCCGGUGAAAGAUAUGGAAGCAUGCCUGUUGACAAGCACCAAGAACCGUCCCAGUCUCGCCGAAGCCUAUCGAAGUUCCACCGAGUUCUCAGUCUGCAAGGAGGACAGCAACCCAGCCACCAAGUCGGACGACGACAGUUCUUCGGUGCACGACGCCGGGGGCGCGACCGCAGUGAGCGAAGCAGGCCCCGCGCUGCUGGCCAGCCUCGCCGAAGAACCCAAGCCCCUGCACCCGAAGCUCGCCAGCGUCAGCGCAGCUCUCGAGAUGAAGGGGCUCUGGGACGAAUUCAACAGCCUCGGCACCGAGAUGAUCGUCACCAAGGCCGGAAGGCGCAUGUUCCCCACGUUCCAAGUGAAGCUGUACGGCAUGGAUCCGCAGGCGGACUUCAUGCUCAUGAUGGACUUCGUCCCCGUGGACAACAAGCGCUACCGGUACGCCUUUCACAGCUCCAGUUGGAUGGUGGCGGGCAAGGCGGAUCCCAACAUGCCGCCCAGGAUCCACGUGCACCCCGAGUCUCCCUCCAAGGGAGCCCAGUGGAUGAAGCAGGUGGUCUCGUUCGACAAGCUCAAGCUCACCAACAACCAGCUCGACGACAAUGGGCACAUAAUCCUCAACUCUAUGCAUCGAUACCAGCCCCGAUGUCACGUGGUUUACGUGAACGCCAAGGGAGAAGACGCGUCGAAGACAGAAAACUUCCGUACCUUCAUCUUUCCCGAGACCAAGUUCACCGCCGUCACCGCCUACCAGAACCACAGGAUAACCCAGCUGAAGAUUGCCAGUAAUCCUUUUGCCAAAGGCUUUCGGGACUGUGAUGUAGAAGACUGGGCUGUCCCAACGGGGGUUGCGGAAAUGCUGAGUCACCACCUUCCAUCGGCCAAGCUGCCCAAGGUUCACCCGAGGCCCGCCUCCAUUCAGCAGCUGCUGGGAGUUGGCCACACUGGGGCUUUCACCAAGUCAGAAAAAGACGACGACACCGAGCAGUUGUCCAACAGCGCCAUCUUCUCGAGGGUGCUGGGUUCUACCGGCCUGCCCAUGGGAGCCCAGGGAAGCUGCGGCGUCGGCCAGCCGUACUCGAGCGAGCUGUGCGCCUACGCGCCCACCUACGACAACUACGUCUAUCAGAUGAAGAUGGAGUCCAGGGCGUCUCCUUACAACCGACCUGCCGUGCCGUACCCGGGCUACCCGACGCCCACGACGCAGGCCUACAACUCGCUGUACCCGCCGAGGACAAAGCAGACGACAAGUUACGACUACUAAAUGCCAUCAAAAAAAGGGGGAAGGGGGAGAAGUGGCAAAGCACGUCAUUACACAUAGAGCCACAAAGUAAGUUACGCUUAGAGUAUCGCCCCUUCGUUCCUUAAUUAUCUUAUGGGCGCCGCCAUUUCGGAACUUAGUGCAAAGCGGGCGAAAUCGGUGAUAAAAUUAGGACUCAAGAAAUACAACUUCCUUAGCUUUAUUUACGGCGUCAGGAAGCUCAGGCGAUAUCGUUUUGCUCAGUCGAUUUCAUGUUUCUGAAGGAUGGAAAGGCGUUCCCUGCGAUUUCAGCUAAAAUUUUCGGACAACUCGCAACAAUGAUUUUGAGCGCCAAGAUGACGGAAGUUUCGUUACUUUGAGGAGUAACUUAUUUAUAUAGGACAUAUAAUUACACCCUUGCUCGAGCGGUGAACAUGUGAUGAAAGCAGUGUACUUAUGUUCAGUCUAAUUGAGCUUGCCUCGUCCUUGUUUUGAUGUGACCGCCUAAAAAAAAAAAAAAAUUGGUUAUCAGUUUUAUUCGAGUAAAUGACCGGGCAUUGUGCAAUCUUCGACGACUAAAAUGGGAGCUUAUAUUGCUGCUGUACUUAGUUUCCUGUAUUGGGUGAUACCGGGUGGGGGUGGAGUAGUGCCAUGUACGAGCUCUGCGGAGCUACAACCGACCUCAACUUUGACCUCUGACAGGGGUUCAAAGGGAACGAGGGGUAGUAAUUAACACCAAUUGGUGGAAUCUUCCUGUGCCUCGGGUGAUGCCUUAAGAGAUUGAUGGAAUCCUUCGAUAUGAAGCAUGGUGUAAGGCGCGAAAAACAAAGAACACAAGGAAGAAGACACACACACACAGGCGCCCGUGUGUGUGUCUUCUUCAUUGUGCCCGUUGUUUUUUGUGCCUUACACCAUGCUUCGUAACGUUCACAAACUAGCCCACCUACAAGUUCUUCUACAGAACCCUUCGACUAUGCCGUUGACUAUAGGGUGGUAUAACGUUGUGUGAAUGUGAUGUGUGUAUACCGAGGAGCUGCGUUAGAGAACGAGAUAGAAAUGACUCGAACUGUCGUCCUCUUUCAGUUGUUACGCUGGACGGGACACCAAAUCUUGCGACCCAUCCGCUAAUGAAAAAUUACGGUUGGUUGUUUAGCUUUCUUCUCUGACAAAGCUAUGCUCUCGCUGGGGACGUCAGUGUAAUACAAACUAAUAAAAACGUUAUAUUGCAGCAGGCUCUUAUGAUCAUUUGGAUUUGUACGGCAUGUGCAGUGUUAUCAAGUCAUUGUUAUUUUUGCAACGUGUAUUUGAAAGAACAAAACAAGCAUAUGUUCGUUGAUUUCCCGAUUCCCUGGACUAUCUAAAAUUAUCAUUAGCCAUGGAGAGCCGGUUGGUUCGUCCUCUUGGUUUUAAGUCAGUAUUUUUUUUCUUGAUGUUUGAUGGUCUAGUGUUCUAAUGGGUAUUUAGUUCGUCCGUGCUAAGCUAUACGCUUUGAAGGGUAAAAAAACGCUCACGGUUCUAGUCCAACUACCGAUAAUUGCCACGGCAGAUUAAGUAUUUAUGGGAGUAAUUCGUUCCUUGCGCAGCAAAGCAGUACAAGAACCGUUAGAAUGGAGUGCAUAUACACAUAUCAAUUUUGAAAGACUUAUAUUAUUCUCAGAAUCAUGCAUCCUGUGAGAUUGAGCGCUCGGUUUACUGUCACUGUAUUUUUCUUAUAAAACUCGCUUUGUAAUGACGCUCUUCCUUUGUGCGCGUGCCAAGCAAUAUUGUAAAAAUGACGGAUCUAUAUGAGAUCGAUGUAAAUAAAAUCUUGUUUUCUCAAAGUUAAAA